AUGAGCAACGAACAUAAUAAUAACAAUAAUACAACAACAACAUCUACAAGUAAUACGGUAGCUGCAGCUGCUACUGCAACACCAUCAAUUAUUAAUACAGCUGGUAUACAACAAUUCAAUGAUCAACAAUUAAAGAAAAAGGUUGAGAUGGUGAUUGACCUAUUGACAACCUACUUGGAACAACCAUUUGGUUUACACUCUGCAGCCAUUGAUGCUAGUACCGAUGUCAUACUUGAUCAAGUACAACCACCUAUAACUACAACAACUACUACCACUACUACAACUUCCAUCCCAUCAUCAUCAACCAACAACAUCAAGAGCGAUCAUCAUAUCGGAAGUGGAACAGAUCAUAUUCAUAUCAAUAUAAAUGAAACAUCAAGUCAUCAUAGAGAUGAUCUAUCAAGUGUCAGUUCAUCAACCAACGAGAAAUACAAUAUCUUUUUCAAACCAAUCUAUCCAGGAUCAAAUACAACCGUUCACGAUGUAGCUGCCAUUGCUUCAAAACUAUCACAAAAUGAACCAAUCAAUCAAUUAAUCAUUAAAAAGAUUCUAUCAAAUGGAUUUGCUAAAUCGAGAAAAGAAUUAUUAUGUCAAUGGUUUUAUAAUUGGUAUAAUCUUGAUAGUUUAACAUGCAAGAGAUAUAUGUUAUCAUUUUUACCAGCAAUGAUAUGGGUUUAUUUAUACUCCAAUCCAAGUGAUGUGAUUGGAUUAGAGGCAUGUUUGUUGACAGUGUACAAUAGUGAGUUGUUGAGACGAGAGGAUAGGGAUACGGUGUUUCAACCACCAGCCGUCCAACUACCCUCCUAUAUCUAUCGAAGCGACGAAGCUGCUCGACUCAACAACAACAAUGGCAACGGUGGUGGCGGUCUGACAGAAGCUGCAUUACGUCAACUCAGUUUGGGUACGGGUGCAGGUGUUGUGAUUGACAAGGCUCUCCCAAGAAUAGAGAGUAUCACUACAACCAACCGUAACCUUUUGCUUCGUACAGUCAUUGGUGUGUAUACAUCGCAUCUCGCCUACUACCCACAUAUUUCACGAGUCAUCUUUUGUGAGAUGGCAACUCGUAUUGCUGCUACUGGCUAUCCAUUUAUUCCACCUCAACAAGAUGCACCCCCAUCGCCAGACAAUGAAGAUGGUGGACGUGGAGGGUCGUUCUCGUCGGCCAGUAAUUUCAGAAUCGACGGUAGUGACGGUGAAGGUGAAAGCAGUUUAAAGCGCGGUCACGGAGACGGCUCUUCCAACCUACUCAAAGAAACCAUCCGUCGUAACUCUAUGAUUGGUAACCUCGACCAAGUACUCGACGGUAGUGGCGGGUUCAAUAGCAGUGGAAACACUGUCGACACACUCGAACGUAUGUGGAUGGAAAAGGAACGUGAGAAAAAGAUGGACCACUUUUCAUGCAUGACCACCUUUCUAGAGUUUGAGUAUAGUGAACUCAACAACCGUAUCAUUGACUUGGCUCAAGGUGGUACUACCUCUGAGCAACAACAGGAAUUCCACCAUCAACACCACCAUAUCCUCAGUCUCCACACCCUCCUCACCACACAACGUCAAAAGAGAAUAUUUAUCGAUCCUCGUACCUACCAAGAGAUUGUCAGUGGUCUUGGAUACUGUGCUUUUCAAGAAUCAACCAAAUCAAUGGCCUCUAUCGCUAUCAAAGCCAUCAAUGAUCGUGCUAGCUAUGAUUUAAUCCCUGAAAUAAUGCUAUCAACCAAUUCUAUUUUACAUGUUAUUCAAAUUAAUAAAUCUUCUGGAGGAAAAUAA